AUGAAGACUUUUGCUCCGAAACUCGCUAUUGUGCUAUUUAGCCUUGUAGUCCCAGCACUGGCAGGUGGCUGGACAUGUGCCGGCAGAAACUUUGAAGGUGACGAGGUGAGGGCGCAAGCUGAGCAUUGGGCUAGGGAGGGCAUCGAUAAAGUCUCCGAUUUUGUAAACGAUGAAGGGGGACAAUUAUACUAUUUCGAAGUUGGCCGAGAAACUCAACUUACUGAAUCAUGCACAGGGUGCCGCGCUUACACGAAUAAGUCCGGAAAGAUAUACAAUCUUAGGUUUUUGGAUUACGACGACGGUCAAUGGAAAUUGUGCACCCCUUAUUAA